AUGUCUAGGGCCCCUUUAUGCGGUUUGCGUGCCUGCAAGAUCGAGAAUAUCGCGCGAUGGACGCACGCGAGAUACGUAAGCCACCGCGCUGAACGACCGUCUGACGAAGGUCAGAUUCGAGAUUUCAACGAGGAUUCUCUGCUGAACCAAGCAUUCAAUGCGAGAUAUUUCGAAUGGACCGAUGGAGACUAUCUGAGUGCUCCUAUGGACUUUCACACAAGAACGCGCGCAGACGCUCCUCUCAUCUCACGCAACAAUGUUGGAAUGGGAUUCUUGGUUUUGAAUAGCAUGUACACCGGAAUAUCGCAGAUAAAUGUUCUCUACCGUAGGCUGGUAGACCUAGAGACGAAUAUAUACAAACGUUUUGCCUUAGUUACGAGCAUGUCCCGAGAUGUUUUCACCAACGGAAUUCACCCGGUUGAACAUAAGCUUUUCGUGGAAUCUUUGCAACGGCUGAUUUCUCAUAAAAAUGGCGCCGGCCUUUAUAAGAUAAUACUGCGAUCAGUGGACGACUACCUCAGCAACAUCUCCGAUUUGGCGUACCUUAUUCAAAGUUACAAGAAACCUUUGGUUGUUUAUGCCAACGGUAUGACAGGUGGUUUUGGUUCAAGCUUAGUAUCGCUGGCGAACACAAGCGCUUGUCACAAACACUCAUGCAUCAGGAUCAAUAAUUUGGAUAAGGGCGUGCCACUCUUGGGCGGCCAGUCGUAUGUUCUUGCAAUGUUGCGAGGGUCGCUGGGGGAAUACUUAGCGCUGACUGGCAGCGAGGUGGAGGGUUCUGAUCUUGUCUGGUCGGGGCUGGUGAAACGUUACAUUUCCCCAGAUGCCAUUAACGUUAUCCAAUUGACAGCCGAGCGGCUUGUAGAAAUGCCAGAAAAGGAGACUGAGCUCCAGUUACAAGAACAUUUUUUGACAUUGGAGUCCAUAUAUUCGUUGGAGAAGUUGGAAUGGCUCAUACACGAGCACUUCAGCCGACCGUCAGUGGCAUCUAUAGUUCGCAGUCUGGAACGCGGUGUUCCAACAAGUAAACUGAGAUCGCAAAGUUAUUUAAACCAUGAUGCAGUAAGAAAAUGGGAAAUGAAGACCUUGAGCUUGUUAAUGAGUCGUACUGAGGCGGGAUUAGAUAGCGCCGAAGCGGCAUUGAAGUUGAUUCGCGAUGUCAAGGCGUAUAAGUUGGAGGUACUUAAGACGUUGGAAAUCACACCCAAGCGAUGGAAUGAGCUCCAACACUUUAUUCACAAACCCCCAGUGUCAAAAAUAGACCAUACUGACUGCGCCGUACUUCAUUCUGUUCAACGUGAAGUGCUUUUGGAAGCGUUGCAGCUGGAAAUUGUCUCAUUUUUUUGUGGCCUAAGCAGUAGCUUGGGAUUGCCAACUGGUGAGAUGUGGUCAGAAUCGAAAUUCUCGAUUCAUCCCUUCACACCGUGUUAUCGCUCAGGCGUUUCCCUAUCAUCCCUACCCGCACUGCGAAAAUUACAUCCGGAUUACGAUGCGUUAACUGAUAAUGAUCAUGACACAGUGCGGAUGAAGAGAUCAUGUGAACGCUGGUCUGACGAUUUCCUGCAGCGCGAAAUGCUACUUAUGAAACGCAUUCUAAUUUAA